AUGGAUGAGACAAGUGCAUUACAGCCUUGGAAAAGCGUUGUUGUCAAAAAACAACCAAACAUUAUAAGUACUACUACUAAAAGAUUCAAAUAUUUCCUUAUACCAUCCAUAUUAUUAAUUUUGAUAAUAUAUAAAUUUUACAAUAGUCAAAUCCCAAUGACUUCGACGAAUUCAUUAUUAGGACCAUCAUUGACAUUGAGAUUAUAUACAAACAACAUUAGAUUUGAUAAUUUUAAAUAUCCAGAUCCACAUGAAAAACCAUGGUCAAAACGUGGUAUUCAAAGUAUAAAUUCAAUGGAAUUUAAUACAGCAAUUGGUCACGCUAAUGUUAUAUGUUUACAAGAGGUUUUAUAUAACCAAUUAAAUGAUAUAUUAAAUGGAUUAAAUGCAAAUGAUAACGAUGAAUGGUCGUAUUAUGGUGUUGGUAGAACUGACGGUGUAAAAGCUGGUGAAUUCGCUCCCAUAUUAUUCAAAACCAAAGACUUUUUUGUACUAGAAAACACUACAUUUUGGUUAAGUCCAACACCUUCAUUUCCAAGCAAAGGUUGGGACGCAGCAUUAGAGAGGAUAGUAACAAUGGUUUCUUUCCAGAGUAAGCUCAACCCGUUGAUAAAAUUCAAUGUUUUCAAUACACAUUAUGAUCAUCGUGGUAUAGCAGCCAGAAGAGAAAGUUCAAAGUUAAUAGUUGAUAAAAUGGAAAAUUAUAAUAAUUAUCCUUCCUUUUUGUGUGGUGACUUUAACACUGAGCCAAAGGAUGAACCAUAUGCUAUUUUAACUGCAGCUGGAUUCAAAGAUAGUAGAAUUUUGAUUAAUCCAAGAUAUUCUUAUGGUCACGAAUCAACUUUUACUGGAUUUGAUGUGAAGAAGGAACCUGUUUCGAUAAUUGAUUACAUUUGGUCUCCUUAUUUCACGAAACCACAUUAUCCAAAUUCACUAUUAAAUCAAGAAAGUGACAUUAAUUAUUAUAAUUUAAACCAUCAUCAAUAUUAUAGUAUUGAGUUGAAACAAUUUGGUAUUUUAAGUAAUUAUUAUAAAGGUUUCCAUUUUUCGGAUCAUAGACCAGUAGUUGCUACUUAUGAAAUUGAAAGGACAAAAUUAAUUUGA